AUGGCAAAUCAAGCUACGGCAACGUGGGGUUUUGACGACUCCGUUUUCAUCAACUUCGCGCGAACCUUUCGCGUCGCCCUCUGCAGUAAGCGUUCGGUAGCGAAGAGAGCCGUUGCUCGAGAUUCCCUUCUGCUGCUGUCCUCUCCGUCGAGGAAUAUCCACUCCAAUCCAAAAGGACGGCGUUCCCGCCAGUUCAAGAAGAACCCGCAACCGGAUAAGCUCAUGGAUGGUGUAGAACAGCUCGUCGACGAGUACGACAUUGAACAAGUCGCGUCAGCCCCGCAGCUCUCAGCUGAUGACGUGGCAGCAGGGGAGUUGUCGCUGGACUGCAACCGAUUCCUGAUUGGCCGCAGCAUGAUCAACGACCGUGUGAGCGACCACGAGGAGGGAAUCACGUGGCUGCGGUCGGCCCCGCGCCUGCUGUGGGUGGCUCGGGAGAGGCGUGCCGAGGCUGAUGCGGCGGAGAGGCAGAGGAGGCGGGAGAAGUAG